AGAGGCGGGGUCUCCGGGAGCUCAGGGAGGUGGAGAUGAGGGUGUUGGCCGCGUGGGCCGCAACGCCAUCCAAGGUCCCUCCGAUGAGGAUCCCCGGGGCUCUGGGCGGUGUGGGCGCUAGUGAAGUCCCACGCAGCCGCCCUCCUCCCCGGUCACCGACCUGGUCCUGCAGGCUCUUCACAGUAUACCCCAGCACCAAGGUCUACUUCCCGCACUUGAGCUCCUGCCACGACGCGACGCAGCUGCUGAGCCACGGGCAGCGCAUGCUGGCGGCGGUGGGCGCGGCGGUGCAGCACAUGGACCACCUGCGCGCCGCGCUGAGCCCACUGGCGGACCUGCACGCGCUCGUGCUGCGCGUGGACCCAGCCAACUUUCCGCUGCUAAUCCAGUGUUUCCACGUCGUGCUGGCCUCCCACCUGCAGGACGAGUUCACCGUGGAAAUGCAAGCGGCGUGGGACAAGUUCCUGACUGGUGUGGCCGUGGUGUUGACGGAAAAGUACCGCUGAGCCUAGUGCUGCGCUGGCCUUUGUUUGUGCCUGUCAAUAAACAGAGGCCCCAAAUA